GGUAUGCCUUUGACCUUGUAAUUUGCAGCACUGAUGGAAAUAGACGGGAACCAAAGUCAGAAUGACCUUGAGCACGAGCUGCGGGAACAGCUGCGUGGUCCGCUGGAGGACGUCAGUAGACAGCGUCUCCGAGCUGUCCGCAUGGCGCUGCGUCGUCACGGCAACGUGGACAGCAGGAUUUCCCAAAAAGAUUUCCUGACUGUUUUCCAAGAAAAUGGAAUAAAGAUUUCCAGUCGUCUUCUGUCCCUGUUGUUGCAUCGGUUUGAGAACCAGUUUGGUGUUGACUAUGAGAACAUGUGGAAACUGAUGUAUGAUACCCAGCAUACAACAGGUCGCGACAGUGUCAUGGCCAAGAACGCAAGUAACGAGAACAGCACGGCAGACAAACUGGACCAGUCCUUCCACAACUCUGCUGACCUCAAACUGGUGGAGAGGAUCAAGACUCAGUUUGCCAAGAGUGGGGACGAGUUUGACCUUGAGGAGUUCCGAGAUGAGCUGAAGGUCAGAGACAGAGGACACACCACCACUCUGUCCAAGAAGGAGAUGAAGAAAGCUGUUGCAGAGAUGCAGGUUCCGAUCUAUGGGAACGUUAUGAACGCACUGAUGAAGAGAUGUGACGACGAGUGUAAUGGACAGAUCAGUUGGCCAGAGUUUUUGCGGUUCCUGACGGCAGCAAGAGACUCUCUGGCCCGUGGGGAUGACGGAACAGACCUGAAUGCCUCCGGCUCCAAACUGUGGAACACUGGCACUUCCUCCACUAGGACAAGCACUGGGGAAGAACAAAAGAAAAUGUCUACAGUAUCGUCAGGACCGAGGUUGAUAGAAGGAACACCGUACAGCGAGUCGCCCCGCCCUUCCACCCCUCAGUCGUUGGGGCUGAAACGAAACUCGAUGCCAGCGCCUAAAGCUAGCUCCGUUUCUCCCCGCAAGGCGAGAUCCAUGGCGUCAGAAACUUUACGGGGCUAUGAUGGGUCUUCUUCUGGUACUGAAGACAGCCGAAAACGACGAGGAUCACCCAUAGCUGAAGAAACGCACAGAGCCAAAUCACCUGACUCACUAAGUGCACUGACAGAGCCCAAGCCUCCUCCUGCACAGCAGGCCAUCACACCGGCACCCGCACCCGAGGAGGUGCCAAAAAUCAGCCCUCCUCCUGACCAGAGCACUGCACAAGGAAAAGACGAGAAACCCGUCUCAAAGAAUGAUCCUGCCAAAGACAAGAAACAAACUGCACCGCCUAGCACAGCACCAACACCACCGCUGACAGAGAAGCCCCCUACACCCCCCACCCCCUCACCUGCACCCAUCCCCCCACAAGAACCCCCUCCCCCUAUCACUUCGCCAAUCAUCCACAAUCAGCCUACCCCUGAACCUAAUGGAAUAUUCCCUGGAAAACCAUCCUUACCUGAAAACUCUACAGAAACAAAAACUUCAAAAGAGAAUGGCAAAAAACCUUCUCAACGCAAAACAUCCCCCCCUUCACGUGAGAACACGAUCGACAAAGAUCCCCCCGCACAAAAACGCCCCACAAAAUCUGCAGUCUCGCGGAAAAGCGUCCACAUUGUUGAAAAGAGAGAAUCUAGUACAUCUGUAGUGAAGAAACUGCCACCCAAGUCUGCUCCUCCAAAACGAAGCACAACUGAGGCCAAUUUGAGAAGAGUUUCAAGUCAAAUGACAAAAACCCAGCCAUCAAAAUCCACAGUUGAUCUAAGAAAAAAUUCUCCACCUCUGAAUGAGUCCCCACCCCUGCCUGGGGAAGUGCUACCUUCACCCACCCAAACCCCUUCACAAACCCCCACCUCCAUCCCCCACAUUCCCUCAGCAAAUAGCCUCACUUCGGAAUCCAUAAUUUCACAUUCAGGCUCAGAUCUAGAAGCCAGCAUGACCUCUAACAACAGUCUGGCCUCACUCGCGUCAAAGAAAGGAGACAGAAGGCCUUCUCUCCCAAGACUGUCUUCUUCCAGAAGUCUAAUAAGCAUGUGGGAUUUCCCCUUUGCGACAGCUGAAAAUUCAAGCCAAAAUGACAGUCCAGAGGUCAAACAAGAGGAAGAAGCAAAGAACCUGACAAGAAGGGAAUCAACAGUGACCAUUACAUCAGUCAACAUGUCAAAUAAAGAUGAAGAAGCAGCUCCCAAAAAGAAAGGGAUGUUUGGGUCCAUGAAGAAGUUUUUUGGUUCCAAGUCAAAGCCAAAGAAGGAAGAAAUCCCCAUAGAAACCAUCAAGGAACCGGAAAAACCCAAGGAACCUGAAGUCCCCCCUCCCGAUGGCAAACCUGUGACAGUGAACAUUCGAGGAACGGACCUUGAUGUGUACAUACCAGACAGGUACUGGUACAAACCGGUCAAUCACAAGUAUCCAGAACACAAGCUUAGUCUGGACUGGGUGUAUGGUUAUCGUGGCAAUGACUGCCGAAAUAACCUGUUCCCAUUGGCUAGUGGUGAGGUGGUGUACUUCACGGGGACGGUGACAGUUAUCUAUGACCACUUACAGUGUAGACAGAGACAUUAUAUGGAGCAUACAGGGGAAAUUAGAAGCAUUGCUGUUCACCCAGACAAGGUCACCUUGGCUACAGGACAAACUGAAGUGCAGUAUGACUCCUACUCUCAGGCCCAUAUAAGGAUCUGGGACUCCAGAACUCUUCAGACUCAAAAGGUGCUGGGAACAGGUGCCUUGGAAAAUGCUGUGAUUGCCUUAACAUUUUCAGGGACACUGGACCGGCUGGUUGCUAUUGACAGUAGUGAAGGUCACAUGAUGUCCGUCUGGGACAUCAAGUCAGGGAGGAAACUCACCGAAGCAAGGGUUGAUACUGAGGUGGUGUGUCAGGCAGGGUUCAGCCCCAGGAGUCCUGACACCAUCGUGACAGCAGGGAAGGAACACCUGGUCUGGUGGGAGUUAGGUGUGGAGACUGGGACUCUGCAGGAGGUGGCAAGGGCUAAUUAUGAUCAACGGUACAACAAGGCCAAGUACAUCAUCUGCUUUGUCCACAACGAGAGGGGAGACCUGAUUACAGGGGACUCCAACGGAACUGUGUUUGUGUGGGGAGAAGGUGGAAACAAUAUCACACAGGCUCUGAAGCACAUUCAUGAGGGUCCGGUGUUCUCUCUCCUGAUGAUGAAAAACUUCCUGUUGACGGCUGGAAGGGAUGGAAUGGUGUUUGCCUUCCCAUGGGGGAAAAACAUGGAGCAUACGGGCUUCUCAGCUAGUCUACAGGUCCCUCGAGUAGAAGGAGGAAUCAGAAUGCAGUGUGUAACAGCUGAUGGAGCAGUGUUGCUGCUGGGUACGACGGUCAACUCCAUCCUGUCUGCUGGCCUGACGUCUGCCAGCUGUCCCCUGUUGGGAGCCUCUCUGGACAAGGAUGUGGUCACACAGGGUCAUUUUGAUGAUGUAAAGGCAAUAUGCCCACAGCCUUCCCAUGCUGCACCAGGGCAGUUUGUGACAGCAGGGAAUGAUGGGACAGUCUGCAUGCACGACUCCGAUUCCCACAUUCUGCAGUGGAAAUUUGUCAUCAAGGGAGCGACUAUUCAGUGUGCUGACUAUUACCACCCCGGUAGUCUACCUAGGGUUGCCUUGGGAACAAAGGAUGGCAGUGUGAUAGUAUUAGAGGCGAAUGACCUGGACGAGGUUUCCGAGAUGUGCAGGGCCAGCAAGAUCGCUAGGGGGCGCAUCACAGUCAUCAAGAUAUGUCCAGACGGAGACAGGAUAGCCAUAGGCUGCCAGGACGGCUCGGUGCAGAUCUUGCAGCUGACUGACUACUGCAGUAAACUGGAGCUGCUGGGAAAGUGCAAAGGUCACAAAGGCGCCAUCACCGGCCUGGACUGGUCAGCUGACCUCCCCACCGGAGGUUACAUUAUCCAAACCAGCUCCAGCCAGUACCAGCACUUCUUGUGGGAUGUUGACCAGUGUGUGCAGCUGACUGACAUGGCUGGACUCCGCAACACGGAAUGGCUGACCUACAACUGCAUUCUGGGAUAUGUUGUGAAAGACAUCUGGAAUGCAGGACUAGACGGUCGGGACGUGCGAACGCUUGACAGAGCUCCGAACUGGAGACACGUGGGGACAGCUGAUGAACGGGGAGAGAUCCACAUUUUCACAUACCCCUGUGCUCACAAAGAUGCACAAGCUGACACCUACAAGUGCCACAGUAGCCAGGUCAGCUGUUUACGUUUCCUACACGACAACGUUCACCUGGUGACGGCAGGAGGCAAGGACACUAGCAUCUUACUGUGGAAGAUCGUCAGUCAGUAACCAUAGCAACUGAUCUCCAGUCAGUAACCAUAGCAACUGAUCUCCAGUCAAUCACCAUAGCAACUGAUCUCCAGUCAGUCACCAUAGCAACUGAUCUCCAGUCAAUCACCAUAGCAACUCAUCUCCAGUCAGUAACCAUAGCAACUGAUUCCAGUCAGUAACCAUAGCAACUGAUCUCCAGUCAGCAACCAUGGCAGAAUCUCUCCUGUCAGUAAUCACAGCAACAUCUUUUCAGUAGCCAUAGCAACAGAGAUCAAUAGCCAUAGAAACAGAUCUCGUUAGUAGCCAUAGAAACAGAUCUCUAUCUAGUCAGUAGCCAUAGCAACAGAUCUCUAUCUAAUCAGUAGCCAUAGCAACAGAUCUCCAGUCAGUGACCAUAGCAAUAGGUCUCCAGUCAGUAACCAUAGCAACAGAUCUCCCAUCAUUAGACAUAGCAACAGAUCCAAGUUCGCAAAAUUGUGUUGGUCACAAAAUAUGUGUAUCUUAGAUAUCUUAUUCUUAUGACAGAAUUGAUACCUAUUAUAAUACAGUAACUGCUUUUUUUAAGUAUGAUGGUGUUAGAAUGGUGCUCUCCCUGUGUGCUUGUGUGGAUCAUAAGCAUUAUUCUGUCCACUGCAUUUGUAAUGACCUUCUAUUCCCCUAGAAAUAACAGCACUGUAGGUACAAAACCCCUAGGAAACAAGGGAAACAAGUUGAAAUGAAAACUGGUGUAUUCCUUUUCUCACAGUUUUGAAACUUAAAGGCUUUCUUGAUGGCAUUUGAAGAACAUAGCGGAAUCAUAUAUCUGAUUUAAAAGAUUUUUCAAAUCUUUGUCAUUUCAGUUGUUGCACGAUUCGGGUUAUUGUGCAUGUGAUGAGCUAGAUAAUUAUUUGGAAGUUUAUGUGGAAUUUCAUGGAGUUGCUGAGGAAGAUAAAGUCAUGUGACUGUCUUGUAUAAAAAGGAUUGAAUUUUCUGUACAAGUUAGAUGUCAGUUUUUGAGGUUCAGUAAGUGCUGCUUUGAAUGUUGUGCAGUUGAUCUAGAAUACAAACUGAAAGAAUGUACAUUUUUUUGUACAUUGACUGUAGGCUUUACAGCCUUGGAUGAUGUAUACAUGUUUAGACCAAAGGCACCACAACAUUAUGUAUAUUUAUGGAAAAUGCCCAUUAUUUCAUCUUCAAGUUGUAUGAUAUAUUUAUUGGGUUCUUGAAUUGAGCAGUUGUAUUCUUGUGUAUGUACACAUAUAAGAUCAGAGGCUGAAAUAUAAAAAUCAAAAUAUAAAAAAUCUGUGUUCAUUUCUGUGUUGCAAUGUGGAUGCUGCUAAUUUUGUGCUGUAAUUGUGAUGUAAAACUACUGUGGAGUCAAAUGUACUUUAAUAACAUUUUUAAAUUGUGAAUAAAAUCUGAAUUUCAUA